AGUAGUAGAGACUACGGCUACCAGAGAGAGAGAGAGAGAGAGAGAGAGAGGGAGACGAAAAAUAGGUGAGCAGCGGCCAUGGCUACUGUGACGUCGGAGGAGAAGACGAAAAUGGAAACGCAGUUUAAUUGGCAAUCGAGUUGGAGAAAAGAAGUGGACGUAAACCUCAAGCGUCUUCAUUCUCUCCUAUUCGGAGCCGAUGUCGCCCUCGAAAAUGGAGAUUACUUUCGGGCUCAAGUACUUGCCCUAGGACUCCUCGGCUUCCUCGAUUCUCGUUGUCAUUCUGACGUUGAUGAGGCCUUCAUCAGCCCUAUUCGCCGCGAAGCUCUGUCUAAGCUCGAUUCGGCUCGAAAUUCUCUCUUUCCUUCCUCCGAUCGCCAAGUAUUUCAACAAGCAGGCAGAGAGCCAAGCUCUGUAUUUACCAAGGGAGGAGACAUCAAUAUUGAGAAGAUUAUGCAGUCCAAGUACUUUCGAGCUCUUCGGCUUCAAUCUAAGGGAUCAGCUGUGAAUGGAUUGGGAGAUCAAGCUGACAGUGUGCAGAAAUCAAGCUGCAAACCCUCGAAACCUCUUAUGCAGACAAAAUUGACAUACAUGUAUGGAAAUCUUUCCAAGGCAAAAAGUAGUAGCUUUGCACCUCAGAAUAGCUCAGAGGACUGUGUUCUUGUUGAAACUGCUCACCCAACUCAUGGUUUUCCAAAGAAUCAGCAUGUCCAUGUCAAAGCUGAAGAUGAAGAAAGAGCAUGUGCACACAAUUCUAAUCCAAAAAGGCUGCACAUGGAAGUUGCUAGCCCAAGAACCAACAACACAAAAUCCCCAUCAUGUGCUGAAGAAACUGAGAAUGAUAUAUCUGGCAAUGGAUUUGUUACUGCUAGAAUGAAACUGGAAAUGGAGGCAAGGCAAAAGCGAGGUUUAACUGGAUCGCCUAGUGCUUCAGUUUCCCCACAAAAUGAUAAUGCUGCAAGAGUUUAUGGUGUCAGAUCCUAUGGGCCACGCCGUGGCAUCCGUGGUAAUUUCAUUCCCCCCAUAAAAUCCAAUGGGAAUAGUGCUGGUAAUGUAACUUCACGCAUUGCUGGGAAGAGUGAAGAUGCAUUGGAUGAUUCAACCAAGAAAUGUUUGGACUUGUUGUGUGGUCCUGAUGGUGAGCUUCCUGAGAAACUGAGGAAUUUAGAACCUCGCCUUAUUGAGCAUGUAAGCAAUGAAAUAAUGGAUCGUGAUCCAAAUGUUCGUUGGGAUGAUAUAGCCGGCCUGGAUCAUGCUAAAAAAUGUGUGACUGAGAUGGUCAUUUGGCCUUUACUACGUCCUGACAUAUUCAGAGGCUGCCGCUCCCCUGGACGUGGUCUUCUUCUAUUUGGUCCUCCAGGAACUGGUAAGACUAUGAUAGGGAAAGCAAUAGCUGGAGAGGCUAAAGCUACAUUUUUCUAUAUAUCUGCCAGUUCUUUGACGAGCAAGUGGAUUGGUGAGGGUGAAAAGUUAGUAAGGGCACUUUUUGGUGUUGCAAGUUGUCGUCAGCCAGCUGUUAUAUUUGUUGAUGAAAUUGAUUCACUUCUAUCUCAGCGUAAGUCUGAAGGUGAACAUGAAUCAAGUAGGAGACUCAAGACGCAAUUCCUGAUUGAAAUGGAAGGCUUUGAUACUGGAAGUGAACAAAUUCUGCUUGUAGGAGCAACAAACAGACCCCAAGAACUUGAUGAAGCUGCAAGAAGGAGACUUGCUAAAAGGCUUUACAUUCCACUCCCUUCUUCAGAAGCGAGAGCAUGGAUAGUGCAGAAUCUCUUAGAGAAAGAUGGACUAUUUGAGCUUUCAAGGGAAGAUAUUGGUACCAUAUGCAAGUUGACUGAAGGGUACUCGGGAUCUGACAUGAAGAACUUAGUGAAGGAUGCUUCAAUGGGCCCACUGAGAGAGGCACUUACUCGGGGAUUUGAAAUCACAAAGCUGAAAAAGGAGGAUAUGAGGCCCGUAACAGUUAAGGACUUUGAGAAUGCACUUCAGGAGGUUAGGCCUUCUGUUUCUUCGAAUGAACUUGGUAUAUACGAGGAGUGGAAUAAGCAAUUUGGAAGCUUAGCAUUGUAGAAGGUCAGUACCGUUUAUGUGGGUAGAAGCUAGAAAUUGUGAACUGUGUUAGUAGUUUCAACUUCAUUAUGAAUUUGACAGAAUCCAAGCUCAAUUUUACGUUGUGAAUGAAAUUGUGAUAGGUUGGGGCACAAGGUCCUUGUGAUA